CACAAAAGGUAAGGGAACCUUCCUACUAAAUUUCCACGUCAUUUGUGUCCCGUGCCAUGUUCACAAAGCUAGCACACUCUCUGUCUCUCAGCCAGUAGAGUCCCAAUUUCCAAGCAAUGAGUUACCACCAUCACCAUAUUUUCCACAAGCCUCAACCCGCAUCAGGUAAACCACCACCAGAAGGAUUGGUUGGGCACUCGCCUCCAUAUCCUCCACCGCCCACACUACUUGGAUAUACUCAUACUCAUCAUUCUCCCUUACCAACAACUCCACCUGGAUAUCAAGGUUACUUUUAUGAAGGCUACCCUCCAUCAGCACCUCCCCCGCCUCCUCCGCUGCUACCUCCUAGGAAUGAUUACCAUCACAAUGGUUGCUCAUCCUUCCUAACGGGGUGUUUGGCAGCUCUUUGUUGCUGCUGCUUGUUGGAGGACUGCUUCUUUUAAGCCACUAUUUGUCCAGCUUGGAAAUUAUGAUUAUGGUAGUCAGUCCACUUGCUGGAAUUAGAUUUUACUUCGAAACUUUUACUUUUGUAUGAAAUUUCUAUGAGUAACCUAUGAGCUUCAUCACGUUAUUAUUUAUGAGCUUCAGAACUGGCAAGCCUAUAUAUUUUGCUAAGACAAUUCAAUACCCUGCUGAGCCUUCUAAACAAUCACGUUUCAGUUUGACAAGGCAAUGAUCUGUAACUUAUGAACUCACAUUGAGAGUGCUCUCUGAGUAUCCCAUUUGCAUUUGCAUUA